AUGCCUCGUGAUAGAAAGAGAGCUGCAGGUACAGCAGCAGAUCCCACGAGCAAAGGAGCUGCUCAGGGACAGAGGAAAAGAAUGCGAGUUGGGGCUGGGAUUAGAGGGAAGAGGAAUACGCGUGCGGCCAUCGGGGAAAGCGAAGAGGAUUCGGAAUAUACUGUCCAGUCCGAUGGCGAAGAUGUGGAUUUGGAUCUGGAUGAAGAUGAGGACGACGACUGGGAGGCGGAGGCGACUAGGAAGGCAUUGAGGGAUCUGCAAGCCGCGAUGGAGCGUCCUGAAAAGAGGGACAAUUAUGCAAAAGAGUUCGAGAAGUGCAUCAGUGAGGAGGAAAGAAGGCUUGUUAGGUUGGUGGACUCGGAGGUUCGAGAGAGGGAGGCUGCAUCCGAGGUGUUCCGCUCCCAUAUCGUUUCCCUCCUUAGCACAGCUCUAGCUCCUACAGGGGCGAAGACGUCCGGAACGACAUCAGGGCCUUCAGGAUUAACAUCCAAAGUGGACGCUCAAAAACUCGUUCUUGAAGAUGUACCAACAGGCAAACAUCCUCUGUACCACAGAAGCCAAGCUCUGCUCCAAUGCAGUGAAUCGUUGAUCCAAGAAUAUGACAAGCUCUCCACGUUCAUCUCCGACCUCGAAGCUCCCGCAGACCCAGCAGAAAUGUGGGAACGCGAUUGUGCGGAGACUCGCCGUGUAAUUGCUGUCGGUGUGGCAGCGUCCCAGGCUGAAAUUGAAAGGCUUCUAGUGCGCAAAGAUGACACCAGAGAGAGGAAGAUUAAAGAGAAGCUUGCCUCGAAGCACGACAAGGGAUUGAACGGGAAUAAGGAGAAGAGUUGUUUUGAAAACGAUCAGCAACUUCAGGAUAUGUUGAAUAUGGGAAAAGGAAAGGAGAAUUUUCAUAAGGAGCCGUAUGGAUGGGGGAAGGUGGCACAUCAGGUUGUGAAGGGAAUGAAGGCUCUCAUCAAGGCUUUUCCUGUUGAGAGGGGGGGUUAA